GAUCCAUCACUUCCCAGAGUCACAGAAGCCGCCUGGCUGGAGCCGCCGCCAUGACCAGCCAGUCUCAAGGGAUCCACCAGCUCCUCCAGGCAGAGAAAAGGGCCAAGGACAAGCUCGAGGAGGCUAAGAAGAGAAAAGCCAAGCGUUUGCGUCAAGCCAAGGAGGAAGCAAUGGCAGAAAUUGACCAGUACAGAAUGCAGAGAGAUCAGGAAUUUCGACAGAAACACGCUAAGAUAAUGGGCUCUCAGAGUAAUAUCUCGGAAGAAAUAGAAGCGCAAACGCUAGAGAAGAUAAAAGAACUGAAUGGAAGCUACAACAAGUCCAUGGAAAGUGUGAUCAACCAGCUUUUGAGCAUCGUCUGUGACGUGAAACCAGAAAUCCACGCAAACUACAGAAUUGCCAACUAAAUGUGCACCCCAUUGUUCAAUAAACGGUGUCUG